UUGAUCCUUUCCCUACCACCUGAACACAAGAAGAAACACAAUAACUUAAAUUAAAAUAGAAGUAACAUGGAUGUUAACAGAUUGUGGGUUAGUUCUUUGAUUGCUAUAUUAUUUAACUGUUCCUAGAUUAACUCAAAUAAGUUUAUUGGUUUUAGUAAUGUGCUUCUUUCAGUGCAUGUUCUUUUCCCAGAGUGCUGCUUCCUAAUUUUAGAGGGUUCAUAUUGCAGGAGGCACUUGAACAAUCAGGCGUGGCUAUUUUGUGGGUAUAAAUAUUUGAGAAGUGCCUUGGGGUGGAGUUUCAGACCCUGCUUUUGAACAUUCCUUUAAAGACAGCUGUCGAACAACCUUCUUGCAUCAGUGCCAGGAUUGUCCCACUGAGGUUUGAGCGGCUGUUAUAUUUCAACUCCCAUAGACUGAUCCAUAGACGGGCAGUAUGGAUCAUCGUGCAGCCCUGGAAAUGGAUAAAAUCCACCCAAAUCGCCAGUCGAGCAUCACAGAUGAUGAAGAAGAACAAGAUGCUGCAUUUACCAUUGUCAGAGUCCUGGACAAGGUAGCCACUAUAGUAGAUAGCGUGCAGGCCAGUCAAAAGCGGAUUGAGCAGCGCCACAGAGAAAUGGAAGACGCCAUCAAGACAAUUCAGAUCGACAUUCUAAAGCUGGCUCAGGCACAUGGCAACACAGGAUACACAGUUAACAAGCUGUUGGAGAAAACGCGCAAAGUUAGUGCUCGGGUCAAAGAAGUGAGAGUCCGAGUAGAGAAGCAGAAUGUUAAUGUGCAGAAGGUGGAGACCAAACAGGAAGAAAUAUUGAGGAAAAACAAGUUUCGUGUUGUCAUUUACCAGGAAGACAUUCAGUGUCCAUCUUCUCUGACCGUUGUCCAAGACAGAACACAAGAGGAAAGCAGAGAAGAUGCCUUCUGCCCACCCGAUGAUCUCUCGUCUGACGAGGAGUAUUACAUAGAAGAAAGCCGAACAGCCCGUUUAAAGAAAUUGGGGAUGAGGCGCAUCAGCAUCAUCAAAAAAGCAUUUUCAAGAGAAAACCUUCAGAAAACAAGGCAAAAUUUUGGCAAGAAGGUGGACAGGCUUCGUACUCGAAUAGUAACCCCCGAGAGAAGGGAACGAAUAAGGCAAUCGGGAGAGAGGUUGAGACAGACUGGGAUACGGUUCAAGAAAAAUAUUGCCAAUGCAGCACCAAUUAAGGAGAAUUUGAAAAAGUAUAGGAAAACUAAAGAGCAACCGGGGGCUGAAGGCCAACAAGGAACCCAAGAAUCUGGCACUCAAACAGCAACAGAAAGUAGGGAAGCUGAACCAGCCUUCGAAGAAAUUUCUUACUCUGAAGUGAUAACCAAAGUGAAGAAGGACAAAGGGAACGGAUCAAAAAACCUUUCUCAGGCAGAUGAGAAAAUAGUGAUUCCUCCUGAGAAGAACCUGAUCAAACCAGAGACAAAAGAGGACACCCUUCUACUGGAUCUAAAGCAGCCAGCUUAAAUGGCAAAAGUCUGCUGGUGCGGUGGUGUCACUGUGGCAGGGGAAGAGCAAUUCCUCUCAUGCUGGAGGGGCAGAAUGGUGGCUUUCAUAUUGCCUGAAGAUACCUUGAAGUAUUGCAUGUUGCAGAAAGUUUGGGGCCCAACCCAAGGUUUGGUUUCUAUCUGGGCAAGCCAAAUUGGUCUGUUGGAUUUAUCUGCCAACCCACCAAACCAAGCAGCAUGUGUUAAGACAUUCUUUUCCUACCUUGUGUUGUUCAAAUUUAUUUUUUUUUCUAAAGCUUCCAUUAUCUUCAUUCUUACUGUGGAUUGUGGUAAUGGUACCUUGUAGGGUGCCUGGUUGGAGAAAGUUGGCGUAGGACUCUUUCAGAAUUUCUCAAUAUUUUACAGAACAGUCAGUCAUGACAAACUUGCUAUUCUAGUUUGUCUGAUGAUUGAUAAAAUCCCUUCUGGACAAUCUGCAAUCAGGUAAAGAGAUGUGCUUGGAUUAAAUUGCAGAAUAGAUCUGUAUGUGUAUAUAUGUAUACUCUCUUCUUUUACAUGCAAUGGGUAUAUCUUUGUCACCUGAUGAUUCUCUGCUAAUAAUAAACAAUUUCCUUUUGAUGUAUAUGCAAAUUGCCAUUUACCCUGACAGGUACUACAUUUCAACAUUAAAAGGUGGUAGAAACACUCCCUCCCCCCAUUUAAUGACAACAAUUUCUCAACAAGUUUCUUGUUUUUAUGUACAGCAACAACUACAAAAAAUAAAUCUCAUUAUUUGACUUAUAAGACAUAUCUGGCUGUUACACGGAGUAGGUGAAUUGUGGGCAUGAACACAAUGAACACCCAUCAGCAGGUAACCAUUAACUGUUUCUGCCACUGUCCCCUAUACUUUUAUUCAAACAGGUUUCUCCCCCCCCAAUCCCUUUUAUCCAGAUAGGUUUGCUGGAUAAAGUUGAUUAUGGAAAAUUGCAGAGAAUUGGAUACUUCUUUGCAAGACAAAAUACGGAGAGAACUCUAUUUAGGAAUGUGGAAGAGCUACAGGGAAUUCAUCUUUGCUCCACUUGGAAAAGAUCAUGGGCUCCUGUCAUUUAGGAAGACAGUAGGAUUCAGCAUAAAUGUCUCUGAACAAGGAGGAGUCAUGGUAUCCCAAACCACUAAUGGUUUAAGUGGCUUACUGUUGGUUUAUUCAGCCAGUGUAUGUUCUGUUCUGUUUCAGAGGCUUAACAGUGUAAUCAGACAGUAGUACUGUGGUGAGAUCCUUUGAAUGAAAAAAUAAAAAUAAAUCUGUAAAGGGCCUGUUUGUAAAUGUAUUCUUUUAGCCGCAUCAGUUAAUAAGAGAAGUUGCUUCAACUUUAGCAAGUUCGUUGUAAUGUUAAAAAAAAAAAAAUCAGAAUUGGUGCUGUUACACAGAGGUUCCGGAAAAUCUCCAGAAGGUGCUCAUUAAUGACCCGAGUUAAUGACCUUUAAAUAAGGCAUUGAUUUCUGUCAACUCUCAAAGUCUUUGCUCCAGAAUAUCCCAUUAUGAUGCAGUUUCUUAACCUGCUUCCAUUUUAUGGUUUCAACACUGAUGACUCAGUGUAAUCCAAGUAUUUACGUUUUGCAUCAAUCUAUGCAGCGUUCUAUGACUAUAUAAAUUAUGCAAACUUUUUUCUAAAAUUUGCUGUAUUCUGCAGAUUGUUGAGCUUUACCAAAUGCUCAUGCUUUUUGAUUAUCAAAACUCUGAGACUCAUCUACCUCAGUAUAAACACGAGAUAUUAUCCUUUUGAGUAUUUUAAAAUUUAUUUUUGCACUCAAAUUUAAUAGAAAAAAUACGCUUAUCUCCUGCCCCCCUGCCCAAGAUCGUUUAAGAUACUAUUUUCCAUGACCAACAUAUUUUUGGCUUAAAAUUCUGGUAUUUUUUUAUUUUCUCAAGUAGCUGGUAAUAGCACUUAACUUUCGGAGCCAAGGAAUAGUAGUUGUAAGGAAGUAAUGCUACACUUUACAUUCAGUGGUUCAACAAUUUCCAAGUGGAUUAGUGUUUCCAGAUUGAGAUGGGUGACUUAACUGCAGUGGAAGGCAGAAGAGACAGACUGUAUAAGGAGAAAGCAGUUUCACAUGUAUUGUAUGUUUCUACACACUGUAAAAAUAAGAAUGGUAUCAAAUAAAAAAUAAUGUGUAACUAUGUUAGA